CAACCAGCUGGCCGGCAAAAAUCCGUGGCUUUUGUCUGAACAAACAGGAGAAGCAGAACCCGAGGGGGUUUGCGACACGGGCAGCGGGGAAGGCAGAAGGACGGGGAGAAGGGAGCUCGAGAGAGGCCGAGCCGCGCCGCAAGGGAGGACAAAGAGAGGGGGGCGAGCCCCAGGACGCAGCCGGGGACCCCGCGGCGUCCCGCUCCCACCGCGCCAUGUCCCUGGUGGAGACGAUCCGGUUGUGGCAAGAAGGGGUGUGCGCGGCGGAUGGGAAGGAGUGGAGGGCAGCCCUGGAUGCCUUCACGGCCGUCCAGAACCCCCCUGCCAAAAUCUGCUUUAACAUCGGCUGCAUCCACCUUGUUCUGGGGAAGCUGGCCGAGGCGGAGGAGGCGUUCACCCGGAGCAUCAGCUGCGACAAGCACCUGGCAGUGGCUUAUUUCCAGCGGGGGACCGUGUUUUACCGGAGGCAGAACCAUGAAAAGGCCGUUGAGGAUUUCAAAGAGGCGCUGGCCCAGCUGCGAGGCAACCAGCUCAUCGACUACAAGAUCCUGGGGCUGCGGUACAGGCUCUUUGCUUGCGAGAUCCUCUACAACAUCGCGCUGGUGUACGCCACGCUGGAGGACUGGAGGAAAGCUGAGGAGCACUUGACGCUGGCCAUGAGCAUGAAGAGCGAGCCCCAGCACAACAAGAUCGACAGGGCGAUGGAAGCCAUCCUGAAGCAGAAGCUCUGCGAGCUGGUGGCCAUUCCCACGGGGAAGCUGUUUAGACCGAACGAAAAGCAAGUGGCUCAGCUGGAGAAGAAGGACUACCUGGGAAAGGCUAUGGUGGUGGCAUCUGUGGUGGACAAGGAUGACUUUUCGGGAUUUGCUCCACUCCAGCCACAGGCCUCUGGUCCUCCACCCAGGCCCAAGACCCCAGAAAUCCUCAGGGCCCUCAAAGGGCAGCCACAUCGCGUCCUGUACGAGUUCAUCCCCGAGACAGACGAGGAGCUGCAGGUCCUGCCUGGAAACAUUGUCUUUGUCCUGAAGAAAGAGAAGGACAACUGGGCUACGGUGAUGUUCAACGGAAAGAAAGGGAUCGUCCCCUGCAACUACCUCGAGCCUGUGGAGCUCCAGAACAAGCUGCACAUCCAGGACGAAACCCCUCUUGAAGAUGAAAUCCCAGAGUCACCCAGCUCCCUCGCUCCGGCGAAGCCGCGGCGGCCACCACCAGACCACGUUCCCGCUCCUGCGACGCAGCCGAGAGAUGCAGCAGAGGAGGCCGGAGCAGCCGCCUCCAGCCCCCACGUCCUCAAGGUGCAUUACAAAUACACCGUCGCCCUGCAAGUCGAGCCGGGCCUCUCCUACACGGAGCUCCUGGACCUGGUUUGCAAGAAACUGGAGCUCCAGCCCGAGCACGCGCAGCUGAGGUACAAGCCUGCGGAGAGCCAAGCGCCGGUGGCUCUGAGCGCGGGGAACCUGGAGGCGGCUUGGAGCCAGGGCAAGGACAAUCUGACCCUCUGGUGUGACAUGACGGAGGGAGAAGGGUUUUUACCAGACAGCAAACCGGAGGAGUCGCCGGGGCAGACGGGACUGACCCAAGUCGUGGCGCAGGACGAUUACGAAGCCACCCAACCUGAAGACCUGGAGUUUCAGGCAGGAGACGUGAUACUCGUUCUAUCCAAAGUGAAUGAAGACUGGUUAGAAGGCCAGUGCAACGGGAAGAUAGGCAUCUUCCCAUCCGCUUUCAUUCAAAAGUCUAACACUGAAGACCCAGAGAUGUGAUUUCAGAAGAGCUUAAAAGUCAUGGCUGUGGAAAGAAAUUAAGAAUUCAACUGCUGCAGUUAAGAAGUUCCCAUAUUAGUCACCGCGUCUGAAAAUAAACUUUAAGUAUUACUGCUA